AUGGGGUUACCUGAUCACAGGGUUCUGCCGAAUGGUCCCCCCAAAGCCCGUCUUAUAAUGGGACUCCGACCUAUCGUCCUCGUAAUGAUCUUAGUCUUGCUGGGACUAGGAGCUUUAUGUGUUAUAUAUACAAGAAGUUCAAAACUGCAACCAAUUUGGAUCACACCCACGAGAUAUCGGGAUCUGAAAUAUACGCUAAGGGACCAUCGUAAUUUUACCAUCGUGUCGGCCUACUUUAACCUGGGAACGCUAAGGAAAGGCUUUAAAACGACGCUAAGUCCAGGACUCUACCGACAGUGGGCUUCAUUCUUGACUAGGAUACUUAACCCCUUGGUCUUCUACACCGACGACGUUGAAUUCAAAGCUCUCAUUGAAUCUGGCCGUGCACAUUUACCGAACCUCACCAAGGUAAUAUAUGUUAAAAAGAGAGAAACUUUCUGGGCCUUCAGCUUAAGAGACAAGAUACAGAGAAUUUAUGACGACCCCAAAUAUCCAAAAUAUUAUCCGGGCACCGUCUCGGCAGAUUAUAGUUGUGUUCAACACGUAAAGUAUGAGCUUAUCACUGAUGUGUUGAACAGGAAUAUUUUCCCCGCUCGCUACUACGCAUGGCUGGAUGCGGGCUACUUCCGUGGGAUUUCAGGCUCAAAUGCCCAAUACCGCCUUGACGUCCCACAUGAUUUUGACGAUUCCAGAAUCGCCUACACUGAAAUUAAGAGGCCUAAAAGUAAACUGUCUUUCCAUUCAGUUAUAGUCAGAAAUAAACUCUGGGUCGGUGGCGGUAUGUUCAUUGGUACCGCACAGAAGUUACGUGGAUUUUUCAUGCAGUACCAGAGAGCUGUGGAACUGUCUCUUCGGCUCGGCAUAAUGAAUGUAGACCAGACGAUACUGUGUGCGAUGUUUACUGAGAACGGCCGGAAACUCGUGCAGCCAUCUGUGGAAGUACAACCGUACAGACCACCAAAGGGACACAACCCGUGGUUUUAUCUAGGAUAUCGCUGCCUCUGGCGUGUCAAGUCCACAAGAGACCAAGACAUCGGUACUAUGAUUUGA